CGUGACAGUCGCGGUUUGCCACAUUCUCUCGCAGUCAGUCAAAGCAACGGGCGGAAAGCAGCGGACAGCCAGUGUUACGGAUUACGGAAUAUACCGGGGACAAUACUACACAUUUCUCUCGCCGCCGUGCGUCCAGCCCGCUUAUAAAGUGUCAGCAUGUCCAGUGAGGUGCAGCCGAGGCCGGACGACAGCCCCAACACCAGUGGGGGAAGCUCGGACGCCGAGCAGAGGGAGGCGGCUCCCCCGGAGCAGCCGGGCCCCGAGCAGCGCGACCAGACCCAGCCCAAGAAGAAGGAGGCCAAAAUCUCCAGCAAGACGGCCGCCAAGCUCUCCACCAGCGCCAAGAGAAUCCAGAAAGAGCUUGCAGAGAUAACCUUGGACCCACCGCCAAAUUGCAGUGCCGGUCCCAAAGGAGACAACAUCUAUGAGUGGAGGUCGACCAUCCUGGGGCCCCCAGGCUCAGUGUACGAGGGGGGAGUGUUUUUCCUGGACAUCGCCUUCACCCCAGACUACCCCUUCAAACCACCCAAGGUGACGUUCCGUACGAGGAUCUACCACUGCAACAUCAACAGCCAGGGGGUGAUCUGUCUGGACAUCCUGAAGGACAACUGGAGUCCUGCCCUCACCAUCUCCAAGGUGCUGCUGUCCAUCUGCUCCCUGCUCACUGACUGCAACCCUGCCGACCCUCUGGUUGGAAGCAUCGCCACACAGUACCUGACCAACAGAGCCGAGCACGACAGGAUAGCCAAACAGUGGACCAAACGCUACGCCACAUAGACCGGCACCAAAUCCUGCAGGACCCCUCGCCCUACCCAGCACACACAUACAUACACACACACACACACACACAAACACUGCUGACACCUCCCCUCCUCCCAAAUCUAUGGAAGCACACCCGCUCCUGUCAUCCACCCUGCUCCCCACCCCACCCCACCCC